AUGCUUGGACACAGUCCAAUCCACUCCAAGGUUAACAACGGAAAAUCACUGUGUACUGAACGUGCUGUGCCCAUAUCUUUAUUCUUCAUGUCCGUGCAGCAGUUUGUAUAUAAUGAAAAUAGGAAUCAUUUCACAAAAAUGAACACACAAGAUACACAAGGUGUAUCGGAAGCGCAAAAGAGAAACACACAGCUGCACAUAACGUGCAAUGAAAUNCAGAGAGGCACUGCCGCAUUCACUAAAAUGUACACGGAGUCACAAACCUGCAGAGAGGAAAAGAAAAACACAAGAGAAGAAGAACAACAACAACAGGAUACCAACAGGACACAAGGCACUCACAAUACAAUAAACACAGGUGCCACUCUCAUCAGAGAAAAUCAUUCACCCACACCAGCACAUCAACUCAACCCCAAGAGGAAAAAAAAAAAAAAAACAGACCCAUUACGUGAAGCCGAAGCGGAUCAGUCUCAGUCCCUCCCCGCAGGCUGCAGUCACUCAAGCAAGCCACACAACAAACAAAACACACCACAAGGGCACAAAUAUGUUCGUGGCAAUGCCGUGAGUGACACCAACCGAAAGAGAAGGUGA